AUGGACCAAAUGGAUGCUAAAAAAAAGCGUCUUGUGUUUGGUGUAGAUCUAGACAAUCCACAAGAUCCAGAAGACGAUGAGAAUGCAUUAGCACCAGUAGCCAAGUACGCGAUCUUGGCCAUGAUAUGUCUCAUGUCCUUUUCCAUUCGUCUCUUUGCUGUUGUUCGCUAUGAAUCUGUUAUCCAUGAAUUUGACCCCUAUUUUAAUUUUCGAACGACAAAAUACUUGGCCUCGGAAGGAUUUUUGGAAUUCCUGGACUGGUUUGAUGAUCGUGCGUGGUAUCCACUGGGCCGUAUUAUUGGUGGCACAAUCUAUCCUGGUCUCAUGUAUACGGCUGCACUUUUGUAUUGGGUACUGAAUCUACUCAAUAUAUCCAUUAAUGUACGCAAUACGUGUGUCUUUCUAGCACCGUUGUUUGCAGCCAAUACUGCAAUUGCUAGCUAUUUGUUGACCAAGGAAGUGACCAAGCGUUCCAGUGCAGGGCUUUUGGCUGCUGCUUUUGUAGGCAUUGUGCCUUCUUAUAUCUCUCGUUCAGUUGGUGGAUCCUAUGACAAUGAAGGUGUUGCCAUCUUUGCACUGAUCUUUGUGUUCUACUUGUGGAUUAAAUCCGUCCACACGGGAUCCAUGUUUUGGUCGGCUGCAUGCGCCCUUGCGUAUUUCUACAUGGUGGCAGCCUGGGGUGGUUAUGUUUUCAUUAUCAACAUGAUUCCUAUCUACGUGCUCGUGAUGAUCUUUGCAGGUCGAUAUACUCCUCGCAUUUACAUUGCUUACUCUACGUUCUACACACUGGGGAGCAUCAUGGCUAUGCAGGUACCGUUUGUGGGCUUUAACGUCAUUAGACAAGCUGAAUGCGCAGGCUCGCAUGGUGUCUUUGUACUGUUGCAAGUAUAUUGUUUCGCCAACUGGUUGCGUAACUACAUCUCGGCCUCGUCGUUUCGACGUCUUGUGCUAGUGGGUGCCAGCCUUCUCGUAUUCAUUUUCGCGCUCGCUCUGGUGGUUUUGCAGCUUAUGGGCAAGGUUCAGUGGACUGGACGCAGUCUGACUCUGCUGGACCCUACCUACGCGUCCAAGUAUAUCCCGAUUAUUGCUUCAGUGAGUGAGCACCAGCCUACGGCGUGGACGUCCUACUUCAUGGACCUACACAUUCUGGUGCCUUUUGCACCGGUGGGUCUCUACUUCCUUUUCCAGAACCUCACUGACGGCGGCAUUUUUGUCAUUUUGUACGGCACGGUAGCGUGGUAUUUUGCUGGUGUUAUGGUGCGCCUUAUGCUCACGUUAGCGCCCAUUGCUUGCAUCCUGGGUGCUGUGGGUAUUUCAUCGACGCUGCGCAAGUUCAUGGGUAUUCUGGCUCGUCCGUCGACGUAUGUUGUGCAGAGCAAUGGCGUGCAGCCUGUGCCGAAGAUCCUAGCUCUGGGUGUUGUGAGUGGUCUGCUGCUUGUAUUGCUGAGCUACUCAAGGCAUGCUGCGUCCGUGUCUUCGAUGGCGUACUCUUCACCGAGCAUUGUGAUCGAGGCUGGCCGUACGCAGACAGGCGAGCGCGUUAUUUUUGAUGACUACCGUGAGGCGUACUUUUGGCUUCGCCAGAACACAGACGCUAAUGCCAAGAUCAUGUCAUGGUGGGACUACGGUUAUCAGAUGUCAGCUAUGGCAAAUCGCACGGUCAUCGUGGAUAACAACACAUGGAACAAUACACACAUUGCUACGGUGGGCCGGGCUCUGGCCUCUACCGAGGAGGACGCGUAUCCGAUUCUACAAAGUCUUGAUGUGGACUACGUUUUGGUUAUCUUUGGCGGUGCGACGGGCUACGGCUCAGACGACAUUAACAAGUUCCUGUGGCCUGUGCGUAUCGGCUCUGGCGUGUAUCCUAAUGACAUGCCCUCGGAGCGCGACUUUUACUCAGCCUCGGGCACCUUUGACAUUGGUCCAGGCGGCUCGAAGGUGCUGCACAAUUGCCUUGCCUACAAGCUUUGCUACUACCGCUUUGGUGAGGUGAUGGCGGACUACCAACACCCUCCAGGAUUUGAUCGUGUUCGUAACACAGAGGUGGGUGUCAAAAAUAUAAAGCUGACGCACAUGGAAGAAGCUUUUACGUCUGAGCACUGGAUUGUGCGUAUCUUCAAGGUAAAGAAACAGCCAAACGUAGAUCCUACGACUGCUGUCAAGGCUGCGCGUUUAUCCGCAGCUGCGAGUGUAGAGAAGGAUAUCUCUCAGGAGAAAACGGCCUUCCUUGGUUGUGUCACGGGUGAGAACAUGUUGGGUACUGACCGCGUGUACGCCGGCGGUGCUAGCGGGGCCAACUUCAACCUUGUCCUUCACCACGCUAAGGAGAAGGGUAAGCGCUACUUUGCCGUUGCGCGCGUGGCUGGCGAAGGCCACGCCUUUGCGUUCAACAAGCUUCCGAUGAAUGGAGUUGAAUGGGACGGCAACGAUGAUGGUUGCAUGCGUCCGUGCAUGGACUCGAAAUCACACUCAUGUGGCUGUGCUGACGCGGGUUGCACGGACAUGAACGUGGGCCCUGGCAAGGGCCAGGAGCAUAACCGCCGCUGGGCCGUCUACGAGCGCGUAACGAAGUAA